CAGAAUGGUCACGUGACAGAACUCAAACAGGAAGUAGGAUCAGGCGUUUCAGGAUGGCUGCUGUCUUCGUCUCUUUCCUCCUGGCCGCUCCGGUGCUGCUGGUGGCCUCUGGCCCCGUUAGGGACCCCAGCAAUGGGACGGUCCCUCUGGUCCUGUGGCACGGGAUGGGCGACAGCUGCUGCAACCCGCUCAGCAUGGGCAGCAUCAAGAAGAUGGUGGAGGAGGAGAUCCCAGGGAUCUAUGUUCUCUCCCUGAUGAUCGGGAAGAACGUGAUGGAGGACAUGGAGAACAGCUUCUUCCUGGACGUGAACGCUCAGGUGUCGAUGGCGUGCAGCCAGCUGGCUCAGGACCCCCGGCUGCAGGGAGGAUAUAACGCCAUGGGCUUCUCCCAGGGAGGCCAGUUUCUGAGGGCCGUGGCUCAGCGCUGUCCCUCGCCGCCAAUGAGAACGCUCAUCUCUGUAGGUGGACAGCAUCAAGGCGUCUACGGGCUGCCCCGCUGUCCUGGGGAGAGCUCCCACGUCUGCGACAUGAUCCGGGAGGCUCUGAACCGGGGGGCCUACAGCGACCUGGUCCAGAAACACCUCGUACAGGCCCAGUACUGGCACGACCCGCUCAACGACGACCUGUACAAGAAGCACAGCCUGUUCCUGGCCGACAUCAACCAGGAGCGGGCCGUUAACGAGACGUACAGGAAGAACCUGCAGAGGCUGCAGAAGUUCGUCAUGGUGAAGUUCCUGCAGGACACCGUGGUGGAUCCGGUGGAUACUGAGUGGUUCGGGUUCCUGAAGGCGGGCCAGGCCAAGGAGACAGAGACUCUGCAGGAGAGCGUCCUCUACAAAGAGGACCGUCUGGGUCUGGCUGCCAUGGAUGCCGCCCAGAAGCUGGUUUUCCUCUCCACCGACGGAGACCACCUCCAGUUCUCCAGAGAGUGGUUCACCGCCAACCUGCUGCCGUUACUGAGGUAGACCAGCAGGCGGCGCUGCUGCACAGCCGCUUCCCUCUUUGCACUGAUGCUUGUAGCCCAUCCAGAAGCUUCCAGGUGAUUGUAGCUUCUGCAGAACCUCUAAUAAUCUGUAAUUUAACCCAAUAAAGACACAAACUUCCUGCUGAUUU